UGGAGUGGUGGCUGCAGAUCCAGGCUGGGGAGAAGGGUGUGCAAGGAAGGUAGAGAAGAGAAGGUAGGUGGGAACUGGCAGACAGAAAGGAAGCAGAGGCGGAUUGUGAGCUCCGUGCAGGGCAAUGUCUGUGCAAUUCCAGCUGUUAUCUCCAGAGACUUGCAUAGGGUUGUCACUUGGUAAAUAGUUGAAUAAAUGAGCUGAGGUCUCAAGAGGUCACAGGUAGAAGGCAGGUGAGGUGGGGGUGAUGGAGAUGUGGUUCUGAUUUAGGAAAGGGUCAUUCCAGAGCCAGGUGAUGAGACUGAGGUGUUCCCAUGGAGGGUGGCUGCACGGAGCAGAGAGGCCAGUGUUGGGUGGGCAAUCCAUGGGAAUGCAUAGCUGCCAGCAUAGGGUGCACAGCAUCCAGUCUUCAAGGAGGGAGGGGGAGAGAGCAUUUCUCAAACUAGGAUCCUUGGACAUUUUGCAUCUGAAUCUGUAGGGGGGUGGUGGGCUGGUUGGAAAUGCAGAUCCCUGGGCCCACCCCAGUCUCUUGGGGAAAAAGUAAGCCCAGUGCAGCAGAAUUGAGCAUCAAGGAGCAAGAGUGUUUAUGGGGUGGGGGAGCACCCAGGCCAUCUGAGAGGAUGAGAUGCUCAAUGGGCCCUGAGUAUGGUGGCCUUUAUCCAGGCUAGAGUUGGAUAGGGAUAGUCAAUAAAGAGAUACUGGGGGCAAGAAAGGGCCAACAGCAAGGGGAUUCAGCCCAUGUGAGGUGGGGGCCAGAAGGAUGGGGCCUCUGCCCUAGGAUGCAGCUUCUGCCAGAGAGAAGGCCCUGAUUGGGGAAUGGGACCGGAUCCUCUAUCCUGUGGCCUGGGGGUAGAGAGGGUGUCCAGACUGAGCAUCCCCUCUGAGGGUGGAGGGAUGGGGGUGGUGCAGGGUGCUAUGGGACUCUCUGCACCCAGUUGCUUCUCUUCCUUCUCUCGGUGGCAACACAUAAUAUGGGGUUGAUCCAGUCCCCCACUUUUAGCUCCUUCUCAGCCUCCAAACCCCCUCAUGCUCAGUGCUUCUCUGCCGUCCUUUGGCACAGCCCCUACACUUAGCACCCCCAGCCCUUCCUUCUACUCUCUCAGCCCCUGCUCUCUAGCCUUCACACACUCAGAACCCCAACUCUCAGCCCUCUGUCCAGCUCUCUCUCAGCACUCCUCAACAGCCACACUAUGAGCCCCCUGUGCUAACUGCACCCAAUUCAGCCCCACACGGUGUCCUCACUCUGUUUAUCCCUCCAUAUUCACCGCCGCCCUCGACUCCCUUUACCCACACUCCUGACCCAGCCGAGAAGACCCCUGUCAGUCCCCUGCCUGUGGGGAACCUCCAGUCACCCCUCCCAGAGGCUGGGAGGGGGGCCAAGGGCCAGGUGCCCCCGUGGUCCGGCGGGUCCCGCCCCAUCCCGGCGGGCUGAGUCAGGCGGCAGGAACUGGGCGGGGGGCGGCGCCAGGAGGAGCUGAAGCAGGAGCCAGAGUCGCUGGGAGCGAACGCGGAGCCCAGCCCGGCCGGCACCGAGUGGCCCUGGGCCGGCGGGGACACGGGGGGCAAGCACGGAGCUUGGAGGGCUGUCCCGGACUUACCAUGAACUCCAAGAAGAGAGGGAGCCCCGCGCGGACUCAUUCCAUGAUGUCCCUGUCGGUGCGGCCGCAGCGCCGCCUGCUCAGCGCCCGGGUCAAUAGGAGCCAGUCCUUCGCAGGCGUCCUCGGCAGCCAGGAGCGGGGGCCCAGGAGCUUCCCAGCCUUCAGUCCCCCGGGGCCCCCACGGAAGCCCCCAGCGCUCUCCCGAGUGUCCAAGAUGUUUUCAGUGGCGCACCCGGCCCCCAAGGUCCCACAGCCUGAGCGGCUGGACCUGGUGUACACGACGCUCAAGCGAGGCCUGACGGCCUAUUUGGAAGUGCACCAGCAGGAGCAGGAGAAACUCCAAAGACAGAUAAGGGAGUCCAAGAGGAAUUCUCGCCUGGGCUUCCUGUAUGACUUAGACAAGCAAGUCAAGUCCAUUGAACGCUUCCUACGACGGCUGGAGUUCCACGCCAGCAAGAUCGACGAGCUGUACGAGGCAUACUGUGUCCAGCGGCGUCUCCGGGAUGGCGCCUACAACAUGGUCCGUGCCUACAGCACCGGCUCCCCAGGGAGCCGUGAGGCCCGGGACAGCCUGGCCGAGGCUACUCGGGGGCAUCGGGAGUACACAGAGAGCAUGUGCCUGCUGGAGAGUGAGCUGGAAGCACAGCUGGGCGAGUUCCAUCUCCGGAUGAAAGGGCUGGCUGGCUUCGCCAGGCUAUGUGUGGGCGAUCAGUAUGAGAUCUGCAUGAAAUAUGGGCGUCAGCGCUGGAAACUACGGGGCCGCAUAGAGGGUAGUGGAAAGCAGGUGUGGGACAGUGAGGAAACCGUCUUUCUUCCUCUGCUCACGGAGUUCCUGUCCAUCAAGGUGACAGAACUGAAGGGCCUGGCCAACCAUGUGGUUGUAGGCAGCGUCUCCUGUGAGACCAAGGAUCUGUUCGCUGCCCUGCCCCAGGUUGUAGCUGUGGACAUUAAUGACCUCGGCACCAUCAAGCUCAGCCUGGAAGUCACGUGGAGUCCCUUCGACAAGGAUGACCAGCCCUCAGCCGCUUCUACUGUCAACAAGGCCUCCACAGUCACCAAGCGCUUCUCCACCUAUAGCCAGAGCCCACCAGACACGCCCUCACUUCGGGAACAGGCCUUCUAUAAUAUGCUGAGGCGGCAGGAGGAGCUGGAGAAUGGGACAGCGUGGUCCCUGUCGUCCGAAUCUUCCGAUGACUCCUCUAGCCCACAGCUCUCAGGCACUGCACGCCACUCCUCAGCCCCCAGGCCCCUGGUGCAGCAGCCUGAGCCUCUGCCCAUCCAGGUUGCCUUCCGUAGGGCUGAGACCUCCACUUCUGGAACCGUGGAUGAGGAGGGGGCCAUGGCCCCAGCCCUGGCCAAUGGGCAUGCCCCCUACAGCCGGACUCUGAGCCAUAUCAGUGAGGCCAGUGUGGAUGCUGCCCUGGCUGAGGCUUCAGUGGAGGCUGCAGGCCUAGAAAGUCUAGUCCAGGGACCCAGCCCACCUGCACAUCCAGGUCCCACACCUGGGGAGCACCCUAGUCCUGUCCCUUCUGCCCUGGACCCUGGCCAUUCUGCCAUAAGCCCCGCUCUCAGUACAACAGGCCCUGCCCACACAUCUACAGACCCUGCCCCCUCCGCACACCUAGACUCAGUUAACAAGACCAUAAAUUCUAGCUCUCCUGAAUUGCCAGACCCCACCCACACCACUACAAGCGCCACCUCUAGUGUUGUAAGCCCUACCCAUAGUGCUCCAAGCCUUACUCACACUACCACAGUUUCUACCCACAAGACUGUGGUCUCUACCAUCACUAUUACAGGCCCUACCCCCAGUACCACAGGGUCAGUCCAGACCACCACAAGUCCCACCCACAAGCCGAUGCUUUCUACCGUCACUCCUGUAGCUCCUGUCCCCAAUACUACAGACCCAGUCCAGACCACCACAAGCCUCAGCCACACUGUCACAAACCUGACACACACUGUCACAAGCCCCACCAACAAACACGUGAUCUCUACCCUCUCUACUGCAGGCCCUACCCCCAGUACCACACACCCAGCCCAGACUACCACAAGCCCCACCCACACUACUACUAGCCCCACCCAUACUACUGCAAGCCCUACCCAUACCACCAUAAGCCCCACCCACACUGCUACAAGCCCUACCCAUACCAUAACAAGCCCCGCCCAUACCAUAAUAAGCCCUGCCAACACUACUGCAAGCUCUACCCACACCACCACAAGCAGUACCCACACUACUGCAACCCCUACUCACACAGCCAGGAUUUCAACUCACACCGCUACACCCAAUGCUAAGGACCCAGUCCAGAUCACCGGGAGUCCUACCCAUUCUGUCACAAGUCCCACGCUUAUAACUGUAAGCCCUUCCACUUUUCUAGACCUUGCCACGCUCUCCAACCCCUCUGCAAACACAGACCCUCCCCUCCCAGGCAUCGACCCCCUGUCCUGUAGCUACCCAGCCUCCACUUCCUGCACUCAUGCAGACCCCAUAGCCCUCUGCACCUCCCACCCAAGUCCUACCUGCUCCAGUUGGGAACCCCUCACAAGCCCUUCCCCAAAACUCCCAGAAGCCAUCCGUCAGAGCCCAAGUCCCCCUCCCUCACCCCUAGCCCCUGUGCCCCAGCAUUCAGACCCUAGAGUGGCCAGGGCUGCCCAGGCCCCAGUUCCAGGGGCAGCUGGAGGUGCUGGGGACAGGAAACUGGAAGAGGCACUGGGGGCCCUAAUGGCUGCCCUGGAUGACUAUCGUGGCCAGUUUCCUGAGCUGCAGGGCCUGGAGCAGGAGGUGACCCGGCUGGAGAGUCUGCUUAUGCAGAGACAAGGCCUGACUCGCAGCCGGGCCUCCAGUCUUAGCAUCACUGUGGAGCAUGCCCUGGAGAGCUUCAGCUUCCUCAAUGAAGAUGAAGACAAUGACAGUCCUGGGGACAGGCCCCCAAACAGCCCGGAGCCUGGGGCUGAGGACAGCCUCGACUCACCUAGUGCCCGACCCCUCAGCACAGAGUGUCCAGCUCUGGACACUGCCUUGGUCCAGCAUCUGUACCACUGCAGCUGCCUCCUGCUGAAACUGGGCACAUUUGGGCCCCUGCGCUGCCAAGAGGCAUGGGCCCUGGAGCGACUACUACGGGAGGCCCGAGUGCUCGAAGCAGUAUGUGAGCUUAGCAGGCGAUGGGAAAUCCCUGCCACCUCUGCCCAGGAAGUCGUGCAGUUCUCGGCCUCCCGGCCCGGCUUCCUGAUCUUCUGGGACCAAUGUACAGAGGGACUCAGCCCCUUCAUCUGCCCCGUGGAGCGGGUGCUCCUCACCUUCUGCAAUCAGUACGGCGCCCGUCUCUCCCUGCGCCAGCCAGGCUUAGCUGAGGCUGUGUGUGUCAAGUUCCUGGAGGAUGCCCUGGGGCAGAAGCUGCCCCGGAGGCCCCAGUCAGGCCCUGGAGAGCAGCUCACCAUCUUCCAGUUCUGGAGUUACUUCGAAGCCUUGGACAGCUCCUCCAUGGAGGCCUAUGUGACCGAGACUGCCGAGGAGGUGUUACUGGUGCGGAAUCUGAACUCAGAUGACCAGGCUGUGGUGCUGAAAGCCCUGAGGUUGGCACCUGAGGGGCGGCUUCGAAGGGAUGGGCUCCGGGCCCUCAGCUCCCUGCUUGUCCAUGGCAACAACAAGGUCAUGGCUGCUGUCAGCACUCAGCUCCGGAGCCUGUCACUGGGCCCUGCCUUCCGGGAAAGGGCUCUACUCUGCUUCUUGGACCAGCUCGAGGAUGAGGAUGUGCAGAUGAGAGUGGCUGGCUGCUUGGCCCUGGGCUGCAUCAAGGCUCCUGAAGGCAUUGAGCCCCUGGUGUACCUGUGCCAAACGGACACAGAAGCCGUGAGGGAAGCAGCUCGGCAGAGCCUGCAGCAAUGCGGAGAAGAGGGACAGUCUGCCCAUCGACGGCUGGAGGAGUCACUGGAUGCCCUGCCCCGCAUCUUCGGGCCCGGCAGCAUGGCCAGCACGGCAUUUUAAACUCCCCACCCACCGGCCCCCAGUGCCCCUUCCCCCCACUUUCAGGGCUUACCAGGCACUGGCAGGGAGGGUGAGGGCUGGCUCCAGACACUCCUCCCUCACAGAUUCCUAUCAAUGAAAAUCUAAUAUAUUCUCCUUUUGUCCUCGGGGUGGGUAGAGUCAGUGCCGCAGUCAAGUGCCUCCCAGCCUCGGCUCAGCACUCUUGCCAUAGAUCGGUGUCCCGGGCCUGGCCGUCCUGCCUCUGCCCUGUCACGUCCCUUGGUUUUGUAUUUUAUUUACAGAGUUUUACAGAAAAUAAAAAAGCAAAAUGCCUUUCCUACGUA